AUGUAUUUUCGUUGGGUAUUAAUAGUUUUUAUAUUAUUGUGUUUAAUACAUACUUCUUUAUCAGACGCAAGUCAUUGGGAUUAUGGUCAUGUUGGACCAGAGGUUUGGGAAGAUUCAUAUCCAAUCUGUCAAGGAAAGGUUCAGUCACCAAUCAAUAUUUUAACAGCAUGUACUGUUUAUAAUGCAUUUCCCGCUUUUCAAUUUUCACCUGCUACUAAUGCAACGCAAAAUUUUACAAUUACAAACAAUGGCCAUACGAUUACAGCUACACAAGUCGACAAAAAUGCAUUUCCUCUAACAUUGUCUGGCGGUGGUUUAAAUGAAACAUAUCAAUUUGCUAAUUUUCAUCUUCAUUGGGGUGAAAACUAUAAAUCUGGCAGUGAACAUCAAAUAAAUGGUGAUAACUAUGCAGGUGAAAUUCAUUUCGUUUAUUCAAAUUCAACAACAAAACGAAAUGCUGUACUUGGCAUAUUUAUUAAGAGCAGUAAACCAAAUGUACAUACAAGAAGAAAAAAACGUAUAACGAGAGAAAUUAACAGCACUAAUAAUUCAACAGUAAUUGCAUGGGAACAAUAUUUUUCAACAGCUGAUCAAUUAAAUAGUACAAACGACACAAAUUUAAUCAGUUUACAAUUAUCAAUUUUAAUGAAUACGAAUUU